AUGUCCUUGGUGCCAUGCCAAAGUGCCACUCUCCAUCAUCAAAUUCUCUCCAUUCUUCGUAUUUCUAAAACACCCCUCAACAUGUCUUCUAUCGACCUUAACGACGUGGCAUCUGCCCUUCGCACAGCCCUAGCUGAAGCAAAACCCAUCGACCCACCAACCAAGACCUGGCCCAGCCUCACCCCAGACGAUGGCUUCAGGAUCCAAGAAAUCAAUUCCAAGCACAACGUCGCCAACGGCGACCGUCUAGUCGGAUACAAGCUCGGCAACAUUGCAAAAGUGAUGCAAACCGCUUUCGGUCUUGACCACCCCGACUAUGGAUUCCUACAUGCAAAGUCAUUCAUCUACGAAGGCACACCUAUCCACUUGAAUAAAUUCAUCAAGCCGUUCGUGGAACUAGAACCUGCUUUCGUUCUGAAGGGGCCCCUGAAAGGUCCCAAUAUCACCGUGGCAGAUGUCAUCAAUGCCAUCGACUAUGCUAUUCCUGCCAUUGAGAUCAUUGACUCCCGCGUGAAGAACUGGGCGAUAGAUCUGCCGGAUACACUUGCGGAUAAUGGGUCAACUGGUGCUAUCAUAUUGGGUGGAACGCCGCGCAAGCUUACCGACCUUACCCUUAAUGAUACCCGUGGUGUCUUGAAGCAUAACGGCAAGGAGCUGAUGACGGGAAAUACGAAGAAUGUUCUUGGGAAUCCGAUCUCGGCUGUGGCGUGGUUGGUGAAUCGGUUGGCGGAGUAUGAUAUUGAGUUUCAGGCAGGGCAGCUUAUUAUGCCCGGAAGUUGUCUGGAGGCUAUUCCUAUGGAGGUUGGUCAGUGGACAUGUACGUUUGAGGGAUGGGGGACUAUCGAGUUCGAUGUUGUGUAG